ACGACCGAGCUGGUAUGAUUUUCGAUGGCGUCAACUCUACGCUAAGGCGGUGUUCGCUGGUUUCAGAAGGGGACGAAGAAAUCAGCAGGAGAAUACGGCGUUGUUGAAAAUAGACGGCGUUUAUUCGAAGAAAGAAACGACGUUCUAUUUAGGAAAAAGAUGUGUUUACAUUUACAAAGUUCCUGGGAAAAAAAUCUGGAGUAAACGGCGAGCGAUAUGGGGUAAGGUGAUGCGUCCUCAUGGUAGUUCAGGCGUUGUUCGUGCCAGAUUCCGCAGCAACCUUCCACCGAAAGCGAUGGGAAGCAGAAUUCGAAUUAUGUUAUAUCCGUCGACCAUUUAA